AUGGGCUUGGCAAGGAAGAAACCUGUGCGGAAAGAAGACGCAGAGCGUCCGAAAUGCGUUUUUUGUUUCCAGCCAGGCCUUCUACCCUCAGAAAUGCCGCUCGACGAUGCGACUCGGGAAAAGCUAAAUGACCUCUGUCGACGAAAGGAAAACGACGAGGUCGCAGCACUUGAGCUAAAAAGAAACAAGGUCUACAAGCGGCCGCGAUACAACAAGCCAGACUUUGAAAUAAACCACGGUCAAUGGCUUGUCGAUCAACAUGCUACUCCCGAGGAGGACAUUUCUUGUCAUUACAAUUGCCUCAUCUCAGCUUCGGGCAUUUAUGUCAAGCCACAAGAUGAAGGAGGACUUCCACCGAAGCAGUAUAAAAAACAUACAAUUGGAGGUACCGGUUAUCUUCGAGCUGACAUCAUCGAGGAAAUCAAACGAGCGAAAAAACUGAAGUGCUGCAUUUGUAAACGAUCUGGAGCUAGCAUCGGCUGCAUGGAAAAGUGCAACAAAAGUUUCCACUAUCCUUGCGCCAAGCGGGCGGGCUUCACACUCGUGGCUGACAACAACAUGUGCCCCGCUUUCUGCUGGAAGCAUGCGACCAGACGCUAUCGUUACAACUUGCGUGGCUGCUCUGGACAACCAAAGUACUGUCUAGACGUUUCUUUUAACUUUAAAGGAAACGGUGUUGGACUCGCAGAUGCCAACGAUCAAAAAUAUGAAGUCACCAAGGAUGAUAUAACAAAAAUGCGCAAGGCGUCGGAUUAUGAUUAUAUGAAGAUGGUGGAAACGUUUUUAGAACGCAAAGCAACUCUCACAGAGGAACGACUGAUGACGAUUGACGAUCAAAUUCAGUUUAUGAUCCGCAACGAAUUCAACCAAGACCAAGCUUUCUUUCAAUGUCAAUGCUGUCUUGAGUUUUUUGAUGAUCUGAAAGACAUCGUCGUGUCCAAAUGCUGCAAGUUCGCAAACUUCCAUCGAGAAUGCCUUUCAAAACUCGCUGUUCAAAAAGGACUGUGCAAGAUCAAGUGCCCUCUCUGCUUCGACAACAACAUCGAAAUGUUCAUCAAAUGCUGCAUCGCUCAAGGAGUCAACAUUCCGAAUCGAGAGUCCGUGAUCGAGCUAGAAGGCAACUUCGACGAGCAAUACGCCGAUAACAAGACAAAGCUUUGCGGGCUGUCACCAAAAGAGUGCAAAUAUCCGACGAGAAGUGGCUACGACGGUACAGAGGAGGAGGUUGUUCUUUGUGAUGAUUGUGGACACAACGGAAUUCAUAUCGCCUGCCAUCCUAGACUCAAGGCCAUUUUCGAUAAAGAAGAAGAAAUCCGAAAGAAAAACCCUCGUCACAGCGAAAAAUACCCUUGGGUUUGCGACGUUUGCGCAUCAGUUGGAAGUUCCAUGGAGUGGACGCCCGCCACUGCUGCCAGAUCAGCAAAAAGACUUCAGUAA